GACACUCUAUAGAGUUUUCACUUCGUCUUUGAUACUUCCAGUUAGGGCAGACACAGUUCUUAGUUCAGCUACCACUUUUUAUGAUUUAUUUUAUAUUUUUGCCAGAAGGAUUUUGGAGAGAAGUUGAAGAGGCAUGACAAUGUUAACAACAUGCAUGCUUGGUUCCAAAAACUCUUGAAAUCAAGAAUAUCGUUGUCAUCCCAACAUGAAGAAAAAGCUAGCAAGACAAGUGUAUUGACAUCAUUUUCAUAUACAUCAACAUCAUCGUCAUCAUCAUCAUCUGAACCCAAAAAUCCGCCGUCUGCUCUGAGCUCACACCUGAGAUGGAGACGAAAAUAUGACUUGCUCGUGUGCCACAGUCUCGCCGACAGUGACAUUGAGGAGGCCAAGGGCCUGGUCUCUUUCCUGGAGGCUUCACCCCGCAGCCUCAGGUGCUUCCUCUGGCAAAGGGACGUCUGUCCAGGAGGUCCAAUGUUCACAGAAUUCUGCCAGGCUGUGCAGGAGAGCCACUUGCAGGCUCUGCUCAUCACUCCUGACUUCCUGCAGGAAGAGUGGUGCAUGUACAUGAUGAACCAGGCUCUGGCGGAGGGGCCCAUGUCCAAGCGACUGAUUCCUCUGAUACAGAACGUAUCCCACGAUCAGUACCCUCAGGAAAUCAAGUUCUUCUUCUAUAUUAACCUGAGCAGGAACAUUGACCGAGGAUAUAGUGUCAUCAACACCACGGUGCUCAAGUACCUAGAAGACCUGGUUAAAAAUGAGAGGACACACGACUCCAACGUGGACAUCUCUCACAACGGACUAAGCUGGAAGGGCAGAAGUGAUGCAGAAAAGAAAUGACCGAUUUAAUGAUGUUGGCUGAAAUAAUCCUCAACAGUAAUUUAAGAACACGAUGAAGGACAAGAGGCUCAGAGUGGAAGAAAACACUGCUGCUGUUGGCUGAACUCAACUUUAGUUAUGUCUUAAUCACAUCAUGUUAAGGAAAGUAUUGAGUGUCUAUAGUGUUUUUUUCUUUGUCUGAUGUAUAAUAUGUAACAAUUCUUCAUUAAAAUAUCUAAAAUGUUUCCAACAAUCGUGAAACCCAGACAAA